UUGUGUAUUUGACCAGGAUAAUAUAAAAUGGAGGCGAGAGAAAGCUCAGCAGACAAUUAGGGCGUCCAUGGUCGAAAUGCAGAGAAAUCCGAACGAGAAAUGCUUUGACAAGAGGGAGGAUUUUCAGCGAGGGACACAACAGGCAUCAUAUUUGAGAAAAGCUGAUGAGAUAGCUUAUCAGUGCGUUUCUGAUAAGAAGUAAUCUUCGAGUAUUGCAUGCUUUAAACGAAACUUUGCACUGUUUAUUCAACCACUGGACCAGGUCUGCAUUGAGUGCGCGAUGGUCCCCUCCAAAGGUAAACAUAUACCUUAUCGUGCUGCAAAGACGCAGUUAACAUAAACGAGUGCAUGAAGAUAACCACAAACCUCGACAAAGAAGUACGUUGAAAACUUUAGGUAUAAUCUUUAAAUUAAUGAAGGUGAAGGAUAACUGGUCUGCUUAUCUGAAAAAUCAGAGAUUGCUAAAGGCGGUAUCUAUGCACACUGCAUAUGUUAUCGGCACAGAACGUCAAAUUUGAAUCAUUGUUAACUAGAAAAGGCACAUCUUAAGUUACGAACGUAAUGCAUUCUGCAGUUAGAUAAUAAGACAUUGGAAUAAUGUGACAUAUCAAACGCUUAAUACCUAAUGUACAACUCUACCGUAAAAUAUAUUAUCACGGAGAAAGUUUCUCAUAACACGUAAGCAACAAUUUCACAUAUGUUAAUGAACACUAUUGUUGGAAUAGUAUGCAAACAUAGAAUACGUGCAAAAGACUGUGACAUCUAGAGAUAUUAAUUUGCAUGUUUUGUCGUGUCAAAACAGAAUAUACACCAACGGUAAAAUCCAUAUUCGUAUCUUAAUAUUACAACAAUUUAACAUUGAAAGAUGUUUUCCAUGAAGCUCAUAAAACGGCUGAUACUAGCGCUUUUAUUAGCAUGUAUUUGUUAUCCUGUGUUUAUUGUCAUAUAUGGACUGACAAAGUUCACAUCCUCAGGAAAAAUUAAUACUAAAUUUAAGAGUGCAAGGAAUGCGAUGGGCCUGGAAAAUGAGGUUCGAGUGUUUAACACUUCUAUUGACUAUUCAAGUGCAAAACAGAUUCACAAAUGUGUUGAUAUGAAAAUAAACACUCUGGAAAUCACACCGAUUUGUGUAUACGAUCCAGAGGUGGAUUUGUUUGUUUCCAAAUACAUCAUAAACGAAGGGAGUUGGGAAGGCGCUCUUAUCUUGGAAGUGGUUUCCAUACUUCGCGGUGAUCCUAAUCUAGAAUUUUUCGAUUUCGGUUGUAACGUCGGGGUGUAUACUCUUGCAAUAGCUAAGUUCGGGCGGCGGGUCACAGCACUUGAUGCCAACCAGAAGAACCUCGAGAUGCUUACUACGUCACUUCAGAUGGGAAAUCUUACCGGAAUGGUAACGCUGAUCUGGAACGCGCUCUCCGACAAAAAAGAAUUAGUGGGAUUUAAAGAAAGGGAAACGAACGUCGGAGCUUUGCAAAUGGUAAGCGGUGUCAUGAACAACAGUAUUGUCACCGAUGAGAAUAGUUCGAUGGCAAUUGCUCUAGAUGAUUUAAUGCCAAUGCUAAGGAACCGACCCGUGGUAAUAAAAAUGGACAUAGAAGCGUUUGAACUCAAAGCGAUGAUUGGUGGAAAGAAAUUUUUUGAUAAGGUAGAUGUAAAAUUUCUUUUGAUGGAAUGGGUUCAUCAUAAAGACUCCGAUGACGGCGCCAGAAUAAUACAGUUUUUAACAUGCAGAGGAUUUAAACCGUCUAAUCCACUGGAGAGGUCAGUUACGUUGAAAAUUGAUAACCGAAAGUCUUGGCCGGAGGAUGUUUUGUGGAUAAAGGAUUUAAACUGGAUUAUUUAAUGCUAUCCUAUUCUUAAAUAUGAAUUAUUCGGGUACAGGGCUAGCACUGUGUGUAACAAGUUAUGCUAUUUGUUGUUUGCUGUUUCAUAAACUAAACAGUAGUUUAUUAAAUAAUUAAAAACUGCA